UGUUACAAUUUUGACUUAAUAACCUCUUAGGUAAAAGCAUAGAAAAGAACUAAAGGAGUUUGUAACCCUAACACUCCAAAUUCGAAUCAGUAGAAAUUGCGCGAUUGCAAGGGAAAUUUCAUCUCUUUACAGAUUAAAGUCUGCAUUCAUAUUCAUCCACUCCAGUAUUCUAUCUUGAAAGUUCAAUUUCAUAUUUCCAGUAUCAAUUCAAGUUACAUUUCGAGGAAAGAAAUUGAAGGAUUUUUUCCACGAUUCAAAAAAUUGAAGGUGGGAGUAGCUCGAGUGUCGAAAAGAAGAGCAGAAGUAAAGGGAAGGGAAGGGAAGAGAAACAACUCUGGCUAAACUGUGUUGAGGUGUAGAUGGACAUGGUUUUGAUCCCAGUGGAAAGUGUUGUUGCAUUCGACAUAGAGCUUGAAUGCAUGAUAUGAUUUGCGGUUUUGGCAAACACCGAUCUAUCUAUAGAGCUCUUAUAUCCAGAUUUGUAAAAGCAGGACUUAUCAACCAAGCAAUAGAAACUUUUGACGAGAUGAUUAGUUCAAAUUGUCGAGUUUUUAGUAUAGAUUACAAUCGAUUUAUUGGGGUUCUUAUCAAGCAAUCCCAUCUUGAUUUAGCUGAGCAUUAUUACAACACAAUGAUCCCACAAGGGUUUUCUUUGAUUUCUUUUACAUAUUCGAGAUUUAUAUGCGCCUUGUGUGAAGUGAAGAAUUUUCAGCUCAUAGAGAGUCUUCUAAAAGAUAUGGAAAAGCUUGGUUCUGUGCCGGACAUAUGGGCAUACAAUAUAUACCUACAUUUGUUGUGUCAGGAAAAUCAAACAGAUGUAGCUCUAAGCUUAUUACAGGACAUGAUGCAGAAGGGAAGACAGCCUGAUGUUGUAACAUAUACUGUACUCCUCAGUGGAUUAUGUAAGGUAGGACGAUAUGAAAAUGCAGUUGAGAUUUGGCAUACUAUGAUAAAGAAUGGAUUUAAACCAGAUGAUAAAGCUUGUAGGGCUCUGGUUCUUGGUUUAUGUGGCGGUGGUAAAGUUGAUUUAGCUUACGAACUUAUAGUUGAUAUGAUGAAAUGUGAAGUACCUAUAGGCAUACUGGUCUAUAAUUCUCUUAUCAGUGGGUAUUGUAAGGCUGGCCAGAUCAAUAAAGCACUAACUAUCAAAAAAUACAUGAAGAGGAAUGGAUGUGAGCCAGAUCGAGUCACUUAUAAUAUAAUUUUGGGUUUUUGUUGUGAUCAGCUUAUGCUGGUAGAGGCUGAGAAAUUGAUGGAGAAGAUGGAAAUGAAUGGACUGGCACCUGAUAUAUAUAGCUAUAACCAAUUUCUGAAGGGUCUUUGUAAAGCUAAUCGCCUGGACAAGGCCUACUUGUUGCUUGAUGUGAUGGAAGUAAAAGGGUUAUGUGAUGUCGUCUCGUACAAUACUAUUCUCAGGGGACUGUGCAGUGGACAUCACACUAAAAGGGCUUAUAAGCUUUUUGAGGAAAUGUUUCGAAAAGGUAUCAUCCCCGAUACUAUGACAUUUACCAUUCUCAUAAAAGCUUUUCUUGGAGAAGGUAGUUCCUAUGUUGCCAAGAAACUUCUUGAUCAAAUGACUGGAAUGGGCAUUUUUCCGGAUUGUGUUUUGUAUACCAUAAUUAUAGACCAUCUUUGUAAGACCGGCAAUAUUGAUAUGGCUCAGUGUGUUUUCAGUGAUAUGAUAGAGAAUGGAACUGCACCAGAUGUAAUUUCAUACAAUGCUCUUAUGAGUGGGCUUUGCAAAGCUUCUAGAAUAAAUGAGGCUAUGAGUUUGAACACCAAUAUGCAAAAUAGAGGACUUUGUCCUGAUGAGGUGACCUUUAAGUUGAUAAUUGGAGGGCUGAUACGGGAAAAUCAGAUUUCAGUGGCCUGUACGCUAUGGGACCAAAUGAUGGAAAAGGGAUAUACUCUAGAUAGAUCUAUCUCUGAAAGGCUAAUCAACGCACUCCAUUCAAAAGACACUUCAUAAUUAAGUUAGGCACUAGCUGAUUCAAACACUAAGUGAUCCUGUUUGCAAGACAUGGCAUGAUGGUGUCCUCAAUGUCUUGGCUGCAAAACUGGGCUGGAAUUUUAAAUGCUGAUUUGCGCAAAAAGGAGCCAUUUCAGUUAUAUGUCUGUUCUAUUCAUCAGCAAUGUCUUGCAACCUCUGUAUUCGAUGUUUGUAUAACCUUUUGAUUUUUCAGGGAAUGUACACCAAACAAGUUAAGACGGGGCAUUGGUUUUAUUGGUUAUUGCUCUGAGAUUCAAGUCAAGGUUAGUGGCUAAGGAAUUAAACUUGAAGACAGGAACAACCUACAUCAUUGCAGCCAAUAUCUGUUUUGAGAUUCACAAGUAACGAAAGGAGCGGCGAUCAUGCCACAGCCACUACAAAUGGUCUUACUUUUUAAUCGUUUUGAAGUCUUUUAACAAGCCAUUUGAACGGAAAGAAAAGGUGUAGAAUGGUGUAUCAAUGACUUAUUGUUGAUUGAAACCCUUGCAAUGUAAACAUAGUUUGUAGUAUUUUUCGAAAAGUUUCAAACUGGUGGCACUGGGUAUAAUUACAGUCCAGUUGCCGAUAUUUAUAUAACUGAAUAAAGCUGGCCUAUAUAACAAUUUCAGUGAAAAGUAUAA